UAGUCCGCUGGACACAGGUACAGACGGAGACCUUAGGCAAUCUGUGCUUGUGUGCUUGUGCUUUUUAGAUUGUUUACUUGUGGAGCUAAUGGUCAUCUGUUUUGUUUUUUUUAACUGUUUGUUGCUCUUAAAAAAGUAUGGGAAAGAUUUUUCUAUCACUCCUACUAGUCUCUCUUUUGGUGGAUAAAUGGUUUACAUAUGGAGCGUCCGUGUUCGUGUCGCCGCAGACGGCCAGCACGGUGUUGCGGCGGCAGCGCAGGUACAACAGCGGGCACCUGGAGGAGAUGCAGCGCGACAACCUGGAGCGGGAGUGCCUCGAGGAGAAGUGCACCUGGGAGGAGGCCCGGGAGGUGUUUGAGGACAACGCCAAAACGAUGGAGUUCUGGACUGGCUAUGUAGAUGGGGAUCAGUGCGAGUCCUCUCCUUGCCAGAACGGGGCGCGGUGCCAGGAUGGCAUGAGCUUCUAUGUGUGCUGGUGCCCCACUGGCUUUGGUGGGAAGAACUGCGAAAUAGAGAUCGCUCGUCAGUGUGACGUGGACAAUGGUGGCUGCACGCAGUUCUGCAUCGAAGAUAAGGUGCGGGGGCCCACCUGUGCGUGUGCACCUGGAUACCGGCGGGGGGCCGACAGGAUGACCUGCGAACCACUAAGUCAAUACUCCUGCGGCCAAAUUGCCAAAACCAUAAAGGACCAACUAUCUACAAGAUCCCUCACUGUUUCAGAAGCAGUUGACCUAAACAACGUGUCGUUCAACGCCAAUGUUAACAUGUCCACUCAAAUGCCCUCUGAGAACAACACCCUUGGCCUCACCAAUGCCACAGCGAGUCCAGUAGCACUGGAGGUCAACAGCACCCAGCUGCCAGCAGUGGACAAUCUGACAAUUCCGCUCCUGCAUUUGCCCUCGUCCAGAGACGGACGCAUCGUCGGCGGAAACGAGGCUACCCGAGGGGAAAUUCCGUGGCAGGUGGCUCUGAUCAAUAAAGCCUCCGGGAUGGUGUUCUGUGGCGGCUCACUACUGAGUGAUGUCUGGGUUGUCACGGCAGCCCACUGUAAAGUUGAGACUGAGGGCCAGGGACCUUUCUUCAUCCGACUUGGGGAACAUGACAAGCAUGUGGAUGAAAAAAGCGAGCGUGACCACGAGGUGGACAACAUCAUCCUGUACCACAAGUACGACGCCAAGAAAAGCCUCUACCACCACGACAUCGCCCUGCUCCACCUCCGGGACCCCGUCAUCUUCUCCGACUACAUCAUCCCCAUCUGCCUGGGCCCCAAGACCUUCACCGAGUUCCUCCUGCGGAACGCUGACAUGGCUCUGGUCAGCGGCUGGGGCAGAGUGCGCUUCGGUGGCCCUGAUUCGUCCACACUCCAGAAGGUUCAGGUGCCGUACGUGGACCGGACCGAGUGUAAAGGCAGCAGCACUGACCGUGUGUCGGGCUCCAUGUUCUGUGCCGGCUAUGACACCCUGGACAAGGACUCGUGCCAAGGGGACAGCGGCGGGCCGCACGCCUCCAUGUACAAGGGCACCUGGUUCCUCACGGGCAUCGUCAGCUGGGGAGAGGAGUGCGCCAAGGCGGGCAAGUAUGGCAUCUACACGCGCAUCUCCAAGUACUUCGACUGGAUCGCCAAUGUCACUGGCUUGGCCUUCGCCCCAUAAAGUGACCAAGGACCCAAAGCAAUUGAGAACAUGUCAAAAACAGGACUGUUGAAUGCCAUACUGUAGGCUUGUCUCAAUUUAUACAGUGACUAGUUUGUGCUGUUUUUUUUCAGUUAAACAACGUACAAAAGGGUCAAGGGUUGUGAAGGAAUAACUGUAAAAAAACUGAAAAUAACAUGUAAGCUUUCUUAACAUUCCAUUUGAUCCCAUCCAAAGAAUUCACUUAAAGAAACAAAUAAAGAUUUGUUGUCCCCUCAA